AAUCUUCGAAGGGGGAGGAGGAGAACAACUCUACGUAUAUCCUUGAUUUGCUUCUAUUGUUCUUUGUUUCCCGAAUAGAAUAGUGUACAACAAUGAGAGAUGGGGCAACGUUAAUAGCGUUUCUAUUCGCGAGCGUCUUCUCGGCAAGUACCAUCUCGGCUUGGAUUCCCCUGCGUAUAUGCACAAGAUCUCGUGUCCGCAGUCGCAACGUCCUUGCGGCGUCGUCGGAAUGGUCCGCCACGGACGAUUGGAACAACCUUUCGUCCGAAAAUCCGGACAAUGGACGACAGGAUUACGCCGUCGAUCAGGAUUUUGCACAGCGCGAGGCGAUUAGGAUGCAGAAUUGGGAUCUGGAUAGCCUCGACCCAACGGCACUAUCCCCGGAAGACGCUUGGUUGCAGGACGCGAUUGAAACCGUUUUAUUGGACAGCACGAUUACUCCAGAGGAGCGCUUGGAUACCCAAGACUUCUUGGAGGAUAUGGGUAGAGAAAUAGCUUUACUCGUUCGUUGCAACCAAAGUCCGCAAGAAAUGCUUAUCGCUGCAGGUAAGGCCUUACCCAUCUUGACGACCGAAGACAAGCACAACCCACGACAACUUGUGCGAUUGGAACCCUCCAACCAGAACGAGGAGACGGAAGGGGAAGUCGUGGUUUGGGCCGCUACCGAUUUCUUGAAAACCGCCACGCGUGUCAUGUUCGAACAACACGCUCACAACGCGAAGACCGGCGCGGGGGACACGAAGGCCAUUUUGGAUCCGCGUGGCGUCGCAUCGUGGAUGAAAAAGAGCUUGCGGGAAGGCGCGAUUGGACCGCACGAUCCUCGUGUAAUGUUCAUCAUCUCCAAGUUUGGAACCUACGGGACCGGAACCUUGCAGUACGAAGACUUUCUGAAUCUCUACGUUUCCACCAUUUGUGGAAGCUCCCCUAGUCGUUGGAAACAGCUCGAGUACCGUAGCGAGGAAAUUGAAGCCGUCUGGCGAGAUCUUCGCAAUCACGACAUUGUUUCUCCCGUGGAGCAGGAGCGGGUAGCCCUCUUGCAAAAAAUGAAGGAGAAAUACGAAGAGAGCUUUUCACACGUCACGGACGAGACAUUGCUGGACGAGUGUGAGAUUAUUGACGAUAAAGUCGCCUCAUGGGAGGAGACUUCCCAGGGCCAAUGGCGGCAGACUGGCAAAAGCAGCCACGAGCUAGUCGAAUUGGCGUACGAUGGCAAAACACCCCUGCGUCUCAAAGACGGUGAAUUUGUCUUUAUCGACGAGGAUUCGUGUAUUGGAUGCAAGCAGUGCGCCUCGGCAUCUCCAGCAUCUUUUCAUAUGCUGGACGACGGUCGGGCCCGUACGUUUGCACAGCGCAAUAGCCUUGAUGUCAAGGCUGCUGUUGCGGUGUGCCCUGUCAGCUGCAUGCACUAUGUGGGUUUUGACCGUCUCAAAGAGUUAGAGACUUCGCGUGAUUCGCCAGAUGGCGAUGGUCGGACGGAUCACCGCCAUUUUGGACAAAACCAUCGAAACGGAGGCUAUAUUGCGAGAGCGCCGCUGCAUUUGACGAGAAGAGACAGCGACGCUAACCACAAGAGCUCCUGGUAUCAUUACUUGGUGAACAAGUGCUAUUUAUCAUCCGAUUGUCCUCAGAGGGGCUGUUUUGACUGUCCUCAAUUUCGCACCCAGCCAGGUAGCAACCCGAGUUGCCAAUCGAAAAUGAAAGACGCACUGCACAUCAAGGCGGAACAUUUUAUCCAAACCGGAGAAGCUAAUCUUUACCGUAAAUCGGCCGACCUCUGAAAAUGAGAAAGAUACUCAGCCGGAAACAUAUAGACGCUUUGUUUUGAUUAGA